UUUAAAAAAUAUUUAAUUAAUAAAAAACAGAAUUAUUCAAAAUUACCCAAAACUACGUUUGAUUCAUCAUUAAAUAUUAUGCAAAGUGAAAAGCAAAAAAAUAUUCCUGUGUUAACUAAUGGGUUGUUGAACGAAAAUACAUCAUCCUCCUCUGCUUCUAGUUCCUCUUCCGCCUCUUCAGGCAUUUUAUUUUUAUUUUUAAAAUUUUUUAGAGUCAUAGACCUCUGAAAAUAUUAAUAAAUUUAAUUUUAUUCCAAAAAAAUUUUUUUAAUGGAAAUAAUUUAUGAAGGCCGUCAUCGUCCACCAGAAUACCAGCAACAACUACCUAACAAAAAUACAUCCCCCUCCUCUAUGUUAAAUAAUUCUUUUACUUCGUCUUCUGCUGAAUUACAACAAUUAGUACAACAAUCUAUACUUUAUGGGCAACAACAACAAAAUAAUCACUCACUUCCACAAACUACAACCCCAUUUUCUCUCGCUUCAUUAAAUUAUGGCCCCUUUGGGUUACCAAGCUUUUCACUUUCCCCCCAAAAUUCAUUAAAUUUGUUACACUUUCCACAACUUCAACAGCAACAAGAAAUUGAGCGUCAAACGGCGGCGAUUGCUGCUUCAGGAGCAAUAAAUAAUGGUUUGGUUAGUACACCAAAUGCUUUUGAAGGUCUCCCAAUAUUUGUAAUGCCAAACAAUGGUGCUCUUUCACUCAAUGCACUACAACGUGCCGCUGAGUUUAAAGCAAUGGCUAUUAAUGCACUUAUUCAACAACAAUCACAACAAUUAAAUUUAAAAAUAGAUACAAGCAAACAUUUUCACGUAUUUGUCGGUGAUCUCUCACAAGAUGUUGAUAAUCAAAUGUUAUAUGACGCUUUUAGCAAGUUAGGGCAAGUCUCAGAAGCCAAAGUAAUGAGAGAUCCACAAUCAACAAAAUCUCGUUCUUUUGGAUUUGUUGCCUACCCUUCAAAAGGCAAAUUUAUUUUUAAAAAUCCCAAAACUUCUGAUUUUUUGUUCUAGA